GGCAUAAUAUGGAUAUGUAAUGGGAGUUUCUAUUUGUGUUAUUGUGUUGUCAUACGUUUAUUGUAGACUGAACUACAGAGGCAAGCCAAGGGGAAUUUACGGGAACUUUCCAUGCACUUUCCAUGCGUCACUGAAACACGUGAGUGGCGGUAGAGUUUACAAUGAGGAGGAGGCACUUGGGUGUGACUGACGCUUACCUUGUCCAAUCACAGCAUGAUACGACGACGCGAACUUGUUUAUUUAAGGAGAGUGUCGUCGCAAUCGUUCGACAUUCACUCUACUACAACAUCACAACUGAAAAUAUGCCUGCACGACUACUCAACGUUUGAGAUAUUUUACAUACGUAGAAAGUAAUAUUCAGGGGAAAAUGAAAUAUUUUCUUACGGUACGACAACUGACGAGGGAGAGUAAUCUAGUUGUUUUCGACGAGCGAUAUCAGAAUACGUGAGGAUAAUUGUUCGAAUUAUAGACAUGGCUCGAGUUAAAAUGGCUUCAAGUGGCAUCAAUUCUUCUGCGACUAGUUCUCAUCGAACUGUGAUGGAGAGGUUUGGCGACCGUGGUAUGGCACUCCUACCGUGGAUCAUGCAUAUACUGACCGUACUGUGGGAACAACUACGGUCGUUGGUACAUGUCAUUUACUACAGUUUCUUGUCAGUUUUCCACAUGUUCAGGUUUGAAGUUCACCUAAGAAUCAACUCUGUCUCCGGAAAUUCCCACACAGGGGCCUUUCUGUCCAGUCUACAGGCUGAGGCGAUGUGCUGCAGAUUGGUGGAUGACUUUGUGUCCCAUGCCAGGAUGGAUAGCGAUUAUGGACUUUAUCUUGGACACCACCCCAGCUGGAAACUGGGCUUUCCAAGUGACUGUAACCUGUUAGUGAGCAGCGCUGACCGUAGCUCCAGCUUGGAUGAAAUGUCUCGCAACAACGACUUUAAAACCAAACAUGACACCACCGAAGAUGAUCUGAGUGUUUACUGGGGUAAAGAGGAUGGCCGAAACAUGGGAGCAUUUCACAGUGAGGACAGUAAAGCACUUUGCGAGUUCCUGGCCAUCUCCAGUGACCCUUACAACCCCUUCUCUUUCCCCUCCUGCAAUUCAAGCUGCUCCAAUAUGGAGGAAAUAAAAAAUGAAGAUCAAGUUGGCGGCGGCCUCGACUGUAACUUGUCCAGCCGGCCGGGUGAAGAACUUCAAGAGCGCCUCGGUGGCUUGAACAUCUGGACCAGUCGUUCAGAUAGCGAAAGCAGCUGGGGGAGUUCUGAUGAUUCCUGCGCAGACCUGGACGAAGAGGAGAGCGACAGACUCUGGGCGCUCUUCACCAGCCCCGUCGACCCAUACAACCCCCUGUGUUUCACAGCAUCUGUAGCCAGCUCAGUCCCUCACACAGACAAAACACUUACACACUCCCAGGAGGCUGAAAGGGCCUCAGUCCUGCCCUCAUGUUCUUCUGACACCGUUGACAGCGAGACCCCUGGCCCUUCCUCCUCUGAGGAUGACACAGAGGAACAGCUAUUGAGGUCCCGCUCCCAAAAUGAAGACCCUUACCACCCUCUGAACUUCUGUGCCUGCCUCCAGAGCUCCCCUACAACCACAGAGCCACCUGCCUUCAGCACUGGAGACCCACUCACCCCACAGACCUGUCCCACACAGACACCACCCGGCCAGGGUAAGCAGAGGGGCGUUGUGGCCAAAAGCCUCCAAACAACCAGGCACACAAAGCCUUGUCUACCCAAGAGACCGCUAAAGCAGCAUUGCCACCCAGCUACUACACUAGUGCCCUGGAGGAGACCUGAAGCUAAAGUAACAGAAGGACAACCUCAGGAGAAGUUCAACCACUCUCUUAAAAAGGUGCGGUUCUCACCACUUGUCCAGGUCCAUGUGAUGCAUACUUGGCCCUUUGCCCGGCAGAUGUCUCGCAAAGGACCCUGGGAGGAACUAGCUCGCGAUAGAGACCGGUUCCGAAAGAGGAUCCAGGAAACCGAGCAGGCCAUUGGCUACUGCUUCAGUCAAUCACACAGAGACACGAUUCGGGCAAAUUUGCUAAGCACUUCAACAUCAGCCAUGCCCCUGGUCCAUGAGCUCUGAACAUAAAUGUUUUACCAUACCUUCCUAAUGAGAACUUUUGAUUGGUUGCAAUGCAACAUCUGGUUUUAGGUCAAUUAUAAUGUAAAGAUGGUGGUUUUAGGCCAAUAGGAUUUGGCAUCAAAUUCUACCUGCACUGUACCUUAACACUGUUGCACUGAUUUUUAUAUUGGAUAUAGUUAUUAUUCAACAUUAAUGUAUGUUAUGUUCUUUUGUAUGCCUUACAAUGUAAUUUAUUAAUGCCCUAUGGAGCUUGUUUGAAUUGUACCCGUUUGAAAUGUUAAUCUUUAUCCAGAUAAGUGGUGUAUUUAGAACUAAAAUAAUUAACAGAUGGUAUUUGUGAUCAUACUACAGUUAAUAAACAACCUGUUUGACACCAUAA